AUGACAACCCACCAGAUAAGCAUCAUCAAGAGAAAAACUUAUCCAUCGACACAAGCAUCCAUCCUCCCUACGGCUAUAGUAUUGGUUCACAGUCUUGACCGUGCCCCAAUAUUGGGUCGAGUCUUAUUAGACUCAGGCUCACAGUUCAACUUCGCUACGAAAUCGCUGAUGAACCGUUUAGGAGUACCAACUCAGACGACCAAAGUUAACGUGUAUGGCUUUGGACAAUGCAAACAGCCAGUUCACGAAAGAGGUUGGAUUUCUAUCGAAUCACGCGUGUCCGAUUACUAUAGGACAAUACCAGUGCUAGUAUCGGACAAUGUAAUCGGGAGCAUUCCCUCGAAGGAUUUGAACACAGACAACUGGAAUCUUUCAGACGUAAAUUUAGCGGAUCCUGAUUUCCAUUUAAGUAGCCCAGUUGACAUACUAUUGGGAGUUUCGAUCGUAUUUGACAUCAUUCGAAGUGGCAACAAAGACAUUGGUGAAGAACUACCGCGUAUUCAAAAUACGGCACUUGGGUGGGUAAUUGGCGGUGGUAGGGCAUACAUAAAGGCAAACACCGAAGUAUCAAUGGUAAUCAGUGGAACCAAGAACAGUUUCGUUCCUAUUGAGUGGACUGAAGAGAAAUCAUUGUGCGAGCAAUUGUUCGUAGAUACCACCACACGCACAGAAGACGGCCGUUUUAUAGUGCGACUGCCACGAAAACCCAACUCUGAUCAACUGGGUGAUUCUAAAACCUUGGCUCUAGGACAAUUCUUGAAGCUAGAAAAAAGGUUUGAAGUGGAUCCUUUGCUACAUCAACAAUAUAGCACUUUUAUUUCUGAAUAUUUAGAACUAGGUCACAUGUCCAAGGUAAACGAAAAGGACUUAGACGGACUGAAUGGCCCUGUGUUUUAUAGUCCUCAUCACCCAGUAUUCAGACCUGAGAGCGCUACCACAAAAUUAAGGGUAGUUUUCAAUGCAUCUGCAGCUUCUUCUAGUGGUCUAUCACUGAAUGACGUUCUAAUGACUGGACCCAUGAUUCAGCAGGACACCUUCAACAUUCUGCUCAGAUUCCGGUUUCCCAAAUACGUGUUGAUUGCGGAUCUCGAAAAAAUGUUUCGACAAAUUCUGGUCCACGAAACAGAUUGUCAGUUACAGUACAUUCUGUGGCGAUUCUCUAGCGAAGAAGCCGUAUCCACAUACCGGCUCAACACUGUAACAUAUGGUACAUGUUCGGCACCAUACGUUGCAGCGCGAUGCUUAAAACAAGUAGCAAUUGAAUCUAAAGCUAGGUUUCCGCAAGCUAGUAGUGUGAUUGAAACAGACUUUUAUAUGGACGACAUGGUGACAGGUCUCGACGAUCUAGACGAACUAAUUGAACUUAAAGAAGAAAUUACAGCGAUACUAAACGACGCUGGGUUCAAACUUCACAAAUGGAAUUCAAACUCAUCUGCGUUAGUACCCGAUGAUAGGAAAAAAGAUGAGGUAAAGAUUCUAGGUCUACGAUGGAACUCUAAGGUGGAUGUUUUUGGGUUUCAAAGUGAACUUCAAAUGCACACUAAGAUCACAAAACGUAACGUGUUGUCAGAUAUUCAAAAGAUCUAUGACCCACUCGGAAUGCUCAGCCCACUUGUCGUGCAUGGUAAGCUUAUAAUGCAAGAUAUUUGGUCACAAAAAUUGGACUGGGAUGAACCGCUACCAGAGGCGAUAGCAGACAAAUGGAGAUGGUUCUGUGUUCAAAUAUCGGAAAUUCAUAAUAUCGUAUUUCCUAGGCGCAUAACGACAUCGGAACCGAGCCAUAAAAAUAUUAUUGAACUGCACGGGUUUUCGGAUGCGGCUAAAAGAGCAUAUGGCGCAGCAAUUUAUGUGAGAACCAUUACAGAAAAUGGUGCUCAAAUUCAACUACUUUGUGCUAAAUCACGAGUUACGCCGACAAGUGAGAAAAACACGGAUGAAAAUACUACAAUCCCCAGAAUGGAGCUGAGAGCUGCUUCACUCUUGGUGCAUUUAAUGGAGAAGGUCAAAGCAACAGUGCAUGUUAAAAUUGAUUGGGUAUAUUACUGGACAGACUCUACUGUCACAUUGGAUUGGAUCGCAAGCCCAACGAAGCGACGGCCACAGUUUAUAACGAACAGAAUCAAGAUGGUUUAUUACGAGUUGGUGGUCGCAUCCAGGCAGCUGGUCUGGAUUAUGAUCAACUGCAUCCAAUCAUCCUACCAGCCAAUUGCAAAUUAA